UUUGACAGUUUAUUAACACGACACAUGUCGGUAAAGUAGUGUAAAUCAAACGUUAUAGAAAGAUUGCUGACGGUGACUAAUGAAAAAGCGAUCCAAAAAGUGAAAAAUACACUUCAACAGACAAAAAUCUUUGAGUGUGAAAAGUUUACUAAUAGUGCAUCGAAAAUAAAAACCCAACCCAAAGCAGAGGUCAGCAGUGAGAAAAAAGAAAGCAACUACGCCAACGUCGACGAAGGCAAGUGCAAGAAGAAUAAGUAAAGGAGUGAACUAUAAGCAACAUUUUAAGAAAGGGCCAUAAAGCUUAUAUUUAAAUAAUGUCAUCCGGCGAGUUUGGCAAUCCCCUGCGCAAAUUUAAGCUUGUGUUCCUCGGCGAGCAGAGUGUCGGUAAGACUUCGCUGAUCACACGCUUCAUGUACGAUAGCUUCGACAAUACUUAUCAGGCGACAAUUGGUAUUGAUUUUCUUUCGAAAACCAUGUACCUUGAAGAUCGAACCGUACGACUGCAAUUAUGGGAUACUGCCGGCCAAGAACGCUUUCGUUCACUUAUCCCAUCAUAUAUUCGUGAUUCUACAGUAGCGGUUGUUGUCUACGAUAUAACAAAUACAAAUUCUUUCCACCAAACCUCCAAAUGGAUUGAUGACGUUCGCACGGAACGAGGUAGUGACGUCAUUAUCAUGUUAGUAGGCAACAAGACAGACUUAUCGGACAAACGACAGGUGUCCACCGAAGAGGGUGAACGCAAAGCAAAGGAGCUGAAUGUGAUGUUUAUCGAGACGAGUGCGAAGGCCGGUUAUAAUGUGAAGCAGCUAUUUAGACGUGUAGCGGCUGCGUUGCCUGGAAUGGACUCGACAGAAAAUAAACCCUCGGAAGAUAUGCAAGAGGUUGUGCUAAAAGAUUCACCAAAUGAAUCAAAGGAUCCCGAGGGUGGUUGUGCCUGCUGAAGAAUCAACGAAUGUAGUGAACGAUCUAAAAAAUAUUAAAAACAAUUAUAUAAUUAUAGCAGUCUAGAGCACUGAAUGAUAAUUUAACAGUAUGAAGAUGACGAUGUAGAAAAGUAUAAAAAGGCUUAAGAAGAGAUACACAAUUUUAUAUUUAAGUUUAUUUAUAACGUAAAUAAAACUAAAAUCGAUUAACUGAAUAAUCAAUUGAUCUUUAUGAUGGAUAGUAGGCGCAUAAAAGCAUUUAAUAUAUAUGAGUAAAUUAUAUUACAAUUAGUACUGAAACGGUCUGAAGAACAAUUGCUGAACCAAAUGCUGGAAUUGUUAAGCAUAUUUCAGCAAAGAACAAUUGGUAGUUGGUGAGAUUACUGAUAGUUCUGUGCAUACAAAGUAAAAGCAACAUUAAUACAACUAAGCAUUUGAAAAAUUGUGAAUCCUAAAAUUACAUACAUACAUAUUUAUGUAGCUUAAAAUAUUGUGGAAUGAUCAUAAAAAUGCCGGCCUACUUAAAAGCAUAAUAAGCAAAUGCACCUGACACUUAAUUAGCGUAUAAAAUUUAAGAGCCUAUACGAAAUGCAUUUGCUAACUCCAGCGUUACAAUUUUGCCGAGUGUGUAUUUUUAAAAUAAUUAUUUAAAUUUUAUUUUUCUUAUGCAUGCACAGACAUCGCUUUAUGCUAAACCAUAAAGACAAAACACACAAUUUAUAAAUUAUAAAAAUCUUUGUUUUAAUAUCUGCCCAACCUAAAUUAUACAUAAUUUCUCAAUCAGUCUGUGUACUUAUAUGUAUAUAGUCAUAUAAAAUUUGAACUUGGUUUGUGUAAACUAACCAUAAAGAGAUAAAUGAAAAAACGAAAUGAUGUGCAUAAAUGGUACGCAAAUAAUAUUUAGUUAUUAAUAAGAGUCAGCUAAAUUUGACAAGUUGUGCAAAUAGAAAGUGUAUAAAAAAGAUGAAACAUAUGAACUUUGUUAAAUUGAAAAAUAGGUAAUUUGUUUUUUAUUCGGUAUUGUUUACGCAGACUAUGGUAUAUAAUUGAAUUUAGACAUGUAGAGAAAUACAUACUUGUAUAGGCUGCUAAUUUUUUACAAUCGAUACAUGGAUAUUUCAGUUAGAUACACUUAUAUACAAUACAAUUUUAUAAACAUAACUUUUAAAACUGCUUAACAUUCCUAUUUAUUUACAUGGCAAUCUGUGUUUAUUGUUUAAUUUUUGUUGAUGUAAAACAAAACAUUCUUAUCUUUUAAUAUCCAAUUGAGUUAUUUACUUAACUUUCUUAUGGAAAAUUAAUUGAACAAUUUGACGUGACGGCUAAUUGAGUUUAAAAGAUGGUAGAACCACAAUUUACAAAAUUUAUACCAUGUACUUCUACCCGCUCAUAAAGUAUGUUUAAAUUUGAAUUUCUGAAAUAUUUAUAUAAAAUGCGCGUUGCAUUGCUUAUUGUCAAACUCGGAUUCAUGAUUUUGAUUCCUUAUUGAAAUAUCAUAAAUUCAGACACAGACCUGUUUGUAUGUAUGUUACAUUAAGUUUUGGUAAUUACUCAAUUAACUUUUUACGAUGACAUGAGGAAGUUACAAAAAUACCAAACAUUUAUUUAUCAGUACCUGCUGUUGCUAUUCAUACUUUUACUUCCUCCAGUGUGAUUAUUAUAAUUUCUGCUAACAAUAUUUAUAGUAUAAAAAUGCAUUGUAAAACAAAAUGCAUCUAUACGUAGGUUUGCUCACCGGCUACCACUGUGUGUUCAAGCAUAUGAAGAUUAGAGCAAUGUCUUGCUGAAAAAUAACAAAGUAUAUAUUGUAGUUAAUUGCAAAGCCGACAGUCACAUUCAUUUUAAAUACACAUAUUCAGACUAACACAACUAAAGAUUUAAAAUAAAAUGACAAAGUAAAAACGUGAUGAUUUAAUAAUAUUACAACAAAUUGGGUCAUCUUAUUAUCAAUGACAUGCAAAAUUUGACUAGCUUCGAAUUAAUGGCCGCCAAAAUUAAAUUUCUAAUGCAGCUUAACAUUAAAAUUAAUUAAAUUAUGAGAUUGCGAUCAGUGUAGUAAAAAGCAAAUAACACAAGCAAGCGUAAAGAAGUUUAUAUAAAAAAUUAAAAGUAAAUUAAACAUUUUAAGCAAAUUACACAUUAAGUUAAAGCAUUUGAAUGAUCAGUGGAAAUUGCACUUGCUACGUGAAAAUAUUUUUAAAGGAAUAACAUAUUGCAAUAAAGUUUUUUGAAAUAAUCCAUUAUGUAA